AUGAAGAUAGAUAAGAUUGAAGAGGCAAUUGGACAUUUCAUAUUGGCAACGCGCUACGACCCCUUCCUCGCAAUUGGUUACUUCAUGCGUGGAGUAUGUCAUUAUAUUCUUGGAAAUAAUAAUCAUUCAAUUGUCGACUAUGACGAAUCCAUCUCUCGUCUGCGUGGUCAUGAGUUCAUAGACUAUUCACAAAUUGGAUUGAAUUACCGAUUGCUACUCACAGAGAUAUUGUUCAACAAGUCAUUGUCACUUGGCUCUGCUGGUGCAUCAGUGGCGACGAUGGCGUCCAAGUGCAAGGUGAUGCCAGCGGACACAACGUACAAAGAACAACUGGCAUUGUUGGUUCAAUGCAAGAUGCCUGGAGUGAGGAUGCCCUCCCUCGAGCUAUUAUUCAAACCCCCCAACGUCUCUGACAAGCCACCUCCAAUCCCCGAACAACUCCCACCUGUAUUUAUGUAUUCGACAACCACUUCGACAUCCCCAAGAGCUCAAUCUCCUUCGUCAUCGACUCCAACAUCCCCUCGAGCAAUGUCUCCGACACCAACUACUAGCUCCCCUCCAUACACCUUGCGCAAUCCAUCCAAUUCAUCAUCUCCCGAUACUUCCCGAUCACCUCAGAACACCCAACCUCAAAGAGAGCGUGCCACUUCACCAGUUACUAUCAUCAACAAACCCCCUCCACCACCUCCAAUGCUCAUCAAGAAGUUGCCAUCACGUCCAUUCAGUAUGCUCAACAAGGAGGUGCUCACAACAAUGAGAUGUUACUAUCAAGAUAGGAGAAUGAUACAAAUACCAGUGGAGUGCACAAUGCAUGUGUUGAGAUCAAAGAUCGAAGCAAAGUUUGGACCUGGCAUUGUCAGUGGAGGUGGCUUCACCAUUCGAUGUCGCGACCCAUCAUCCUAUGAGAUGUUCGAGCUCCAGACACAAGAGGAUCUUGACUGGAUCCGUGAGAAUGGCAUCAAUGACCUAUUCAUCAAUCGUCCUGGCGAGACCAACAUGUUCGAGUCAUCCUACGAAGACUACAAUGUCAUGUCUCCCGAGGAAGACAGACGGGCAAACACUCUCACUCCAACUCCUUCGCCAAGGACACCUACUACACCUACUUCAACUUCACCGAUAUCACCAAGACAAUUAAUGUCACAGUUGUCCAAGUCAGCUCAGAUCAAUCCAAGUCCUCCAAUUGUUACCCCAAUGCGUCAUCGCGGACAGACUGCUCCAUCCCAAAAGACACCACCUCCACCACUACCACGUAAACCAUCGAUGGUUUCAAACUCAACCAGUGGCACCUCCUCCUCCUCCUCUUCAUCGUCACCAAUCAAACUUUGUCAAUCACCAUCAGGUGAACGAUUCUAUCUCAAUACACAAACAGGGGAGGUAUCAUGGUCACCUCCUCCAGUAUAA